UCAAAAGCGACGCUCAAAUUUAAACUAACAAAAUUUAUUGAAAAUGUCACCCAGAAAAUUAUCGAGCACAAAACGAAGUGCCGCUAUCAGAAGAGUAGGAACGUUAGGUGAUGCAUCAGUCAGUGAAUCCAAUAUCUCCUCACCUCUAGAAUUAUCACCCAUCCAGAACCCAUACGAAAUCUUGCCAACCACUAGCCGGGCAGCUAGAGCUCGUGGGGAGCUACAGUUCACACUGACCAACUCUACCAAUCGGAAGGAACGCAACACAACAUCGACUCCCAAAAGCCCAGUAAAAGGCGCAGCUCGUCGUAAACGCAAGACUCCUUAUCAACUUCAGAAAGCCAAUUUAAGGGAAAUACGAAAAUUGCAAAGUUCUGUGGAUCAUCAAAUACCAAGAGUUGCCUUUGCACGUGUAGUGCGUGAGAUUACCAUGGAUUUUACAACCAAUGUGACACACUAUACGGCAGUGGCACUGCAAGCGCUUCAGGAGGCGACGGAAAUGUUCUUAACUCAAGUGUUUCAAGAUGCUUACAUGUUGACGAUGCAUAGAAGAGCUGUUACACUAUCUGUGUCCGAUAUGACAUUAAUACGAGCUCUGAAACUUCAACUCUAGACAUAUUGUUUCGUAAAGGGGGAACUUUGUACAUACUCGAUUUUUAUGGAUAUGGGUACAUCUAUUUGUCAUAAUAUUAUUUUACAGGAAGUUUUAGAUAUUUUUAAUAUGCAUUUAAAUAUUGCUUGAAAUAACUCACCAAUUUCAAGCUAAUAUUUAAACGUAUUUAAAAAUUAUAGGGUAUAUUAUUAAUUGUACCUAGGCACAUAUAGUACUUAGGCAUUCGGAUGCAAUGAAUUUUUGAUUGUGGUAUAUGAUACCAUAUACCAUAACACAUAACUUUUACUUACUUUAAGUUUAGUACUUACGUCGUUUUGUUGUUGUUGUUAUUUUAUUACAAUGAACUAUGUAUUGUAUAUUCU